AUGCAAGGCGAAAACCAGCAGCAGCAACCACAGCUGCUGCAGCAGCGGCAAGCGAAGCAGCAGCAGCAGCGCAGCGAGCAGCAGCAACCACAACAACAGAGACAACAGCGGCAGCAGCAGCAGCAACGUCGCGCCUGUGUGUCUCUGCAGCUGAGCUCACUUACCUACAGCCAGCAAGAAGAGUGGAUGCAGGAGGACUGGUUGCAGCCGCAGCAGCAGCAACAACAACAACCACAACAACCACCACAACAACAAGAACAACAACCACAACCACAACAACAACAACAACAACAACACCAACAGCAUGACCACGAGCUGCAGCAGCUGCUUCAACAGCAGCAGCUGCAACAGCAGCAGCAAGACCUGCAGCAUGACAUACACCAUCACCAAGGCACAGAUGCAGCAGCAGGAGGCCCUCCAUUAAAAGCUCGUCUUCCAUGGCCAGCAGCUAACGGCCGCGGUUGGGAGGCAAUCGAGGUUGUGGGCAGCUUGCGUCCAGAGAGACGCAGCGGCGCUGCUUCUUGCGUCUACAAGAAUAGCCUUUUUGUCUUUGGGGGUUAUGGGGGUUUGUCGCGUUUGGGCAACCUCUUCAAGUUCGAUUUUUGCACAUCUCGCUGGCGGGAGAUAAAGGCACCUGGCUGUCCUAGUCCGAGGGAGAGCAACGGAGCGGUGGUUUUGGGGGAAAAGAUGUUUGUCUUUGGUGGUUACUCAGGAACGCACUGGCUUAAUGAUCUACACGCAUUCGAUCUGGGGUUUGAGAGGAGGCUCUACGAGGGUUUAGGUGGAGGAUUGCAGCUAGGUGUUUACUUCGAUGUAGGUCCUGGGGUUUUGAGGUUUUGCUGUCGCUCUGCAGAGAAAGAAGAGUGGACAGAGGUUGCACACUGGGGAAUGAAACCCUCUCCGCGGUUUGGGUACGUGGCUGCUGCGAAUGUAUUAAAACCCUCGAUAUUAUUAUUUGGUGGUUAUGACGGAACAAAUUGGUUAAAUGAUUUAAAUGAGUUCGAUCCUAAAACCCUAAAAUGGACACCCAUAUCGCAAAGGGGUCUUAUACCCUCAGGCCGUAGUUGUCCGGCAUCUGCCAUGCAUGAACAAGGACUUUUCCUUUUUGGUGGCUACAAUGGGGUCGAGCGCCUCAGCGACCUAUUCAGGUUUGACUUGCUCUCGGAAGUAUGGACGGUAAUAACGACAUACAGCGGACUACCAAGGGGGGCCCCCCAACCGGGGCAGUUUUGCUGCUGGGGGCCCCCUGCUGCAUCAGGUGCAGUGGAUGAUGAAGAGGUUGCUGCUGCUGUGCAGCCGCUGAAGCUGCAGCAGAGGCGUAGCCCGAGCAGCAACAGCAACAGAAGCAACAGCAGCAGUAGCAGCGGUUGCGGCUGCAGUGCGCUAGCGUACACAGCCUACAGCAGCAGUAGUAGGAGUAGCAGCGGCAGCAGCAGUAGCAUAUGUUGCAGCAGCAGCAAACACAGCGGAGGACCGGCCGCUCGCUACUUUCAUGCUGCAUGCGCCAAAGACGGGAAACUAUUUGCUUUUGGGGGCUACUCUGGUAGGGAGCGGCUGAACGACUUCUACGAACUUGAUCUCGAGACUUAUGAGUGGCGGUUUAUAGACGGAGGACGGCUGCUGCCCUCAGGGCGAAGUUCAAUGGUUGGUGUAAUUUUUAAGAAUAAUUUUGUGGUUUUCGGUGGCUACGAUGGCCGUGAGGUGUUGAGCGACUUUUACCGCUUUCCAUUGGAUCCUCUUUCUCCUCCCCCCUCAACUUUACUGACUAACCUCCUUUCCUUGCAAGCCCCUACUCCCCUCUCUGACGCUGUCUUUAUUGUAGAGGGGAGGAUUAUGCACUCUUCGAGGGCCCUCCUCGCCUGCAGGUCAGAGCAUUUCCGCGCCCUCUUUUUUGGAGGUCUGAAAGAGGCUAACGACAGGGAGAACAAACCAAUACCAAUCGAAGGCAUUCGGCAUGAAGUGUUUGCGGCGCUGCUUGACUACUUGCACACUGACUGCCUCCCCGCCGGUCUCGCAUGGCCUGUCUUGGUGGAGCUCAUGGUUGCAGCAGAACGGGUUUGCGUCGAGCGGCUGAAGUUGCUUUGCAUUAAACGGCUGAGGGCUGCCAUGUGCCUCCAAUCGGCCGUUCAACUUUUGGCUGCUGCAGAUCACCUCGGCAUAUUUGAGCUUAAGGAACUUUCUCUUGACUUUCUUUCCCUACACGAUAGGGAGAUCCGUUUGAACCCCGACGUCUUGAGGCCCCUUACAAAGGAGCUGCUGCUGCAGCUCUUUGGACAUCGCUGCCGCUGA